GUCCGCUAACAGGUCCAUAUAUGUAAUGGGUUCCGGACCGAGCCGAAAACAGUUUCGGCACGCACAGGCCUCAGGAGAGUGAGGAGAGCGGCUUGGGUUUUGUAACUUCCCUCCCCCCUCCUUCUCCUUCUCCUUCUCAUUCACCUUCCCCCUCAAUUCAGCCUAAAACAUGGCGUCAGCACCAUCAUCCUUAAUAGACCCGUCCACCGCAACCCCACCAUCCCUCAAGCCCAAGCUCCAUCAACCUUCCCUUGCUCCUACCACCCCCUCUUCCCUCAAGCCCGAGUUUCCGACGCCCUCCACUGCUACUCACCGUCCACCGCUAGUGCCCCCCUCUUCUGACGCUGACAUUGUCCACAUCCCUAGCUACUCCAGGUGGUUUUCGUGGAACAAUAUUCACGAAUGCGAGGUCCGAUUCCUCCCUGAAUUCUUCGAUUCGCGGUCUCCUUCUAAGAACCCUAGGGUUUACAUGUACUACAGGAACUCCAUCAUCAAGUAUUUUAGGCGGAAUCCUUCUGGCAAGAUCACCUUCACGGAGGUCAGGAAAACGCUUGUGGGUGACGUGGGCUCCAUUCGCAGGGUUUUCGACUUCCUGGAGGCUUGGGGUUUGAUUAACUAUUCGCCUUCCGCUUUAAACAAGCCCUUGAAGUGGGAAGACAAGGACAGUAAGUCUACUUCGCAGAGUGGUGCUGAUGGUGGCACUUCUGCUGAUUCUACUCCUCCCAAGAGGGACACUUCCAAGAGAUUGUGUAGUGGUUGCCAAUCUGUUUGCACCAUUGCUUGCUUUGUUUGUGACAAGUAUGACUUGACCCUAUGCGCCCGAUGCUAUGUGCGUGGUAACUAUCGCGUUGGUGUCAGUUCUUCCGAUUUCAGGAGGGUUGAGAUCAGCGAAGAGAUAAGGACGGAGUGGACAGAGAAGGAGACAUUGCAACUUUUGGAAGCCGUUGCACAUUAUGGUGAUGACUGGAAGAAGGUUGCACUACAUGUUCCUGGUAGAAGUGAAAAGGACUGUGUUUCUCAUUUCAUCAAGCUUCCUUUUGGGGAAGAAUUUGCGGGUUAUGCAAACUUGGGAGAACUUGAUAACAAGCAUCACAAAAUAAAGGACUGCACUUAUUCGGAGUGCGGAUCAGAGAGUAUUGGCUCCCCGUCUGCAAAUAAAAGGAUGCAUCUCACGCCUCUUGCAGAUGCAAGCAAUCCAAUAAUGGCCCAGGCUGCAUUUCUAUCAGCUCUAGUGGGUACAGAGGUUGCAGAAGCUGCUGCUCAAGCAGCUGUAGCAGCUCUGACUGAGGUUGAAUAUGUGACCAGUAAAGGUGGUGUUGGAUCUCUUUUCAGUAAUGCAAGACAACAAGGUGCUGGUGUUGGAUCUAAUGUAAAUGCAUUGGAAAGAGCUUCCUUGGAUGCUAAUCCACUGCCUGAGAAGGAACAGCAAGAUGCGGAGAAAGCAAUUUCCAGGAUUAUAGAAGUGCAGAUGAAAGAGAUCCAAGAUAAGAUUGUUCGUUUUGAGGAGAUGGAUUUGUUGAUGGAGAAAGAGUGGCAACAGUUGGAGCAAAUAAAAAAUCUGCUCUUUGUGGAUCAGCUCAGCCUUUUGUUUCAUAAAAAAUCAACACCAAAAACUGGGGAACGUAUGGAGGACAAUGUAAGAACAGAUUGAUGUUAUAUGUGUUAACACAUAUGAUCAAAUGCCAAAUUUGUUUCUUUUUGUGGUCUCUGCACUUGCUUUUGCUGUGGUGUUCUCAAUUUGAAUCAAUCUAAUAAUAUGUAGCAGUGAGGAAGCCCUUAAUUUUGGAGAAA